AUGGAGGCUUCUGGCCCCGAAGUACAUACUGGUCGAAAUUCCCCGCCGCCUGGCCCGUUUGGCUGUGAGUAUUUCGACUUUACUCGUCACGAUUCCUUUUCUGACAGUCUUACGGAUUCCUUUCUUGGUCCCAUGGAUACUCCAUUUGAGCAGGCUCCGGCCUUGCCCCCAGGUCCCUCACUUCUGGACGAUAACGAAUCCCACAUGCUCGACAACUUCUUUACCACUAUGAAUGCAAAUAACUUCUCCAACGAUUUCUGGAUGCGUGGCACCCAGGACAAAUCAAGCGGCCUGAAUUUCAACUCGGGCCGAGGAGCUUCCCCCGACUUUCGCGGGUUCUACAACCAACAAAACCUCAAAGCAAGUCUUAUGGGAGGCGCCUCAGACCCCAACAUCUAUGCUGCAGCGUCCAUGCUUUACCAGGGCGGUAUAAACGGAGCUGAGCUCGGAUCGGCUCUGGCUCAGCAAGCAUUUGCGGGACAGGCACUUCCUAUCAACGGUCACCAUGCCCAAGCUCGACGCGUUUCGCAACACCUGGCGCCUGCACAGGCUUCGGGGUCAUCGCCUCGUGCCCAGCUUCCAACUGGCUUUCAUACUUCAGAGAUGCUUUUUGAUGUUCGCGACCCAAUUCCCGAAGAUCAACAUCCCUCCCGCAAAGUGCGUGGUCUCCAUUGGGGCUCCGAUAAUAGCUUCAUGGACCAGGGCUAUAUCGCUCCUCCCGACCAGCCCGAUAUGGAGACCCGCACAAAGGAUCUUCUUGAACAUUUGGAUUGCUUUGAACCACAAAGCAGUGCAGCUAACACUCGAGCCCCGAGCCCGGAACGAAUGAGUGGCGCUCAGGCGCAACGCUCCGCCUACCGCUCGAUUGACGGAGAAGAAAGCACCCAACCACGAAAGCGACAGCGCGCCAUCAGAAAUGACGAGAAAAUCCAGGACCCCUACAAUGCGAAGGCCCGACGGGCUUCGACUCAAACGACACGCAGGGGGAGCAUCACUCCUGGAAGCAAGCUGCCGCGAGAGAAUCUCUCAGAGGAGCAAAAAAGAACCAACCACAUCCUCUCCGAGCAGAAGCGGCGCAAUCUCAUCCGACAAGGCUUCGAUGACCUAUGCACUUUGGUACCUGGUCUCCGGGGCGGCGGCUUCAGCAAAAGUGCCAUGCUCACCCAGGCUGCCGACUGGCUUGAGGAUCUCUUGCGCGGUAAUGAGAUCCUGCACAGCCAACUGGCCAAUAUGAAAGGCAUCAAUGGUCUAGUAAUGCCUCGAUGA